CAAACAUUUUCUACAUUUCUUCCAUUUUUCUUCUCUCCUUUAAUUCUGCUUCAUCAUCCUAGCCAAAAUCCCAUCAAGAAAAUUUCAAAUGGCCAAAGGAGGAAAACUCACCAAACUCAAAUCAGUUCUUAAGAAGAUGCAGUCUUUCAAGCUCGGAAGGGCUAACGGCAGCCCAAUUGCGGCUGCCGCUAACAGCUCCGACGACGACACUUACGACAACGGCGUCGCCGUCACCGGAGACUUACAUCCCGUUUAUGUCGGCAAGUCUCGCCGCCGGUACCUAGUCUCCUCUGAAGUCAUCCAGAAUCCCCUUUUCAGGGAGCUAAUGGACCGCUCGUCCGGCGACUCCGACGACUGCAUCACGGUGGGAUGCGAGGUUGUUCUGUUUGAGCAUUUACUCUGGAUGCUCGAGAAUGCCGAUCCUCAGCCGGAAUCUCUGGAUGAGCUGGUGGAAUUUUAUGCAUGUUAAAAUAAAAGCUAAGGCGGCGGCAAGAUAACAAACUGUCAGUAACAGAAAGUAAAAGAAAAGUAACUGAGGCUGCGGAGUAAUCUGGGCUUGAGGAGUUGGUGAUUGGGUGCGGUCGUCCGUAUGGUAUAUAAUUUGUACAUUUUUCGAAAAGGUUAGCCAGCAAUUGAAUAAUAAUAAUGUGGUGAUUUUAGCGCGGCGUAGAGAAAGUAGAACAAGAUGAUUUAUGGUUUAAUUUGAGAGAGAGAGAGAGAGAGAGAUUAAGAGACGUUGAUUAUUAAUCUUUGGGUUUUCGUCCCAAUGUACGGUGAGGAUUUAACCCCCCAUUCUUUACGUUUUAAGGCUUCUUAAGUCUGAAUUAGCCUUUGCCCUCAUGAUCAUCCCAAUGGGCAAUCUUGUCAAUGUCAAAUGUCAUUUAUUCUUUUAUAUCCAUCAAUUUGUGUGAUAUUUAUCAGGUUUCAGCUUUUUUGGUGUUUUUUUUUCUCUUUUUUUAUUUUCAGGUUUCA